UGUCAUUAUAAUGUAAAUGUUAAAUCCCCAGUACAGCAGGUCAACAGUAGUUCUACUCUGCUUUUGUGUUUAAACGUUUUAAUAUAAUGGUGUUUACUCUUCUAAGUUACAGAUUGAUAUGGGACCAGACCAGUCCUCUUCAGCAUUGUGAGGCCUCCUCUCUGAGAGUUAUAAUGAGUUAUCAUCAGGGGGCUGAGGGUGGAGCCAUCCCUAAAGAAAGACAGAAGGAUGGGUCACAAAACAAGGAUUUUGAUGAGACCAUGGACCCUGAUAUGAGGGGCCAAUCAGAGAGAGCAGAGUCUAUUUCCUCUGGUUUUCUAUCAAUGAAGACUGACAAAUCUAUGGAUUACCCUGUUCAUUUCAAAGUAGCAGACUCUCUACAUAACAAAGGGCCAGUAGAUGUAUCCUGUGAUAUCUGCUCUGAGGUCCAAGCUGUGAAGUUCUGUCAGACCUGCAGUGUGUCCUACUGUGAGACCCACAUCAGACAGCACUAUACAAUAGCAGCACUGCAGAGACACACACUGGUGGAUGUGACUGGAGACCUGGUGCAGAAACUCUGUAAACAUGACUACAGUCCUCUGGAUGUGUUCUGCAGGACAGACCAGAUGAUGAUCUGCAGUCAGUGUGCAGAGACAAACCACAAAGGACAUGAUACCAUCCUCCUUGAGACAAAGAAAGCAGGAAGACAGCCUAAGAGUUUUGAUAGAGACCAACACACAACGUUGGCCGCGGAUGAUGUGCUGCCCCCUCCUGGUGACUUCCAGGUCCUGUUGCUGACGUCAGACUCUGUGUCUCUGAGCUGGGGUCCUCCUGAAGAGUUGAAGGGACCACAGAAGUUCAGAGUGACCUGGGGUUGUGAUGUGGAACCGUGCAGUAUAGGGGUGAAAAAUGUUCAUGAAGUUGAAAUCAGCAGACUCAACCCUGGUAAAAAGUACCAGUUCAAUGUGGCUACAGAGGGAGAAGAUGGAAGCCAAAGCAGAUGGAUCUCAGCCUCCCUAUCCGCAGUACCUCCUGCUCCAGACCAGCUGAAUGUUGACUUAGUGGACACCACAUCAGCUGCUGUUAGCUGGAACCAGCCACCAGGAUUGGACCAAACCCAACAUCAGUACCAGAUCUCCUACCACUGUCCAGGGACAGAACCACACAUCACUACCACGUCUUCACCCAGCAUCACUCUCUCUGACCUGCAAGGUGGUACUCAGUACUCUGUCUCUGUCUGUACUGUGCUGGAAGAUGGAAGGACAAGUCAACUGGUGUCAACAACCCUCACCACAAGUAAGGAAGUACACUAUUUGUUUUUGCAUGUGUUUUGUUGUUAUUAUUAUAGACUUAGUCUAUUACCAAAUAGGGCUAUCUUCUGUAUACCCCUUUACCUUGUCACAACACAACUGAUUGGCUCAAACACCAUUAAGAAGUAAAUACAUUCAACACAUUAACUUGUAUGAAUGCACACCUGAAAUGCAUUCCAGGUGACUACUGUUACGGUUUUCUUCCGUCGAAGGAGAGUCGGACCAAAAUGCAGCGUGGUUAAUUCGAUACAUGUUUAAUAGACGAAUAAACACGAUCAAUACAAAAACAAUAAACGUACGUGAAAACCGAAACAGCCUAAACUGGUGCAAACUAACACAGAGAGAGGAACAAUCACCCACAAACACACAGUGAAACCCAGGCUACCUAAAUAUGGUUCCCAAUCAGAGACAACGAGAAUCACCUGACUCUGAUUGAGAACCGCCUCAGGCAGCCAUAGACUAUGCUAGACACCCCACAAAACAAAGACAAAAACGCACCACAAAAACCCAUGUCACACCCUGGCCUGACCAAAUAAAUGAAGACAAACAUAAUAUACUACGACCAAGGCGUGACAGAACCCCCCCCUAAGGUGCGGACUCCCGGACGCACAUCAAAACAAUAGGGAGGGUCCAGGUGGGCGUCUGUCCAUGGUGGCGGCUCCGGCGCGGGACGUGGACCCCACUCUAUCAAUGUCUUAGUUCCUCCCCCUCGCGUCCUAGGAUAGUCUACCUUCGCCGCCGACCAUGGCCUAGUAGUCCUCACCCAGAACCCCACUGCACUGAGGGGCAGCUGGGGACUGAGG